AUGAAUUCAAGCGGCUACCCGACUCUGAUGAGAGAUCAGACACCAGCUCUGACCCCUCUGUCAAGCGUAAGAACCAAGCCUAUCAUUUGCCCUAUAUCCCACCGCAAGAUGCGGAUGGACAGCCAGGGCAGACCGAAGAAGAAGCGCGAGCUUCAAAGCACUUGUGAGUGUCGUCGACAAGAAGUGAAGGCGAAGGCGUUUCCAAUGAAGAAUAUGAAAACCACCGACGUUCUGCUGGCCAAGAACACCGCAACUUUGUACGAUAUGUUCACGCGCAUUUGA